GCAACCCCUAAUAUCUCACUCUUUCCAAUGUCUUAACUCCUAUGUUCCUAUUUUCUUCCCAUAACAUGUCUCACCUGUAAUCUUCAAUCAUCCAUCAUCAACAUAAUCAUAAUGGCUACAACUACCGCCACAUUGUUCAAUCCACAAUUUCUUCACAUGCAUGGUCGGAAUAGCAUAUGGGUACUCACAAAGAUGAGUUUUUUCAAUGCAAAUGUGAAGUUUGAAUGUUCUAUUCAUAGAUCAAAAUAUCAUCAUGACCUUGCACCUAUAUGUGCAACCUUGAGGGACCCUAAGGGGUUUGGACCUUCUCCAAAGAAAAGGAAGAAGAGCAAGAACAUGAAAAAGGACUAUGAAGAAGAAGAUGAUGACGAAGAAGAAGAGGAAGAAGAGGAGCCAGACAGAGGAGUUAUCCCUGAAGUGGUGACCAACAGGAUGAUGAGUAGAAUGGCAGUGUCUGUGGGGAUUCCAUUAGGUAUUGGGCUUUUGUUCUUCCCAUUAUUUUACUAUCUCAAAGUUGGGUUGAAAAUUGAUGUGCCCACUUGGAUGCCCUUCAUUGUAUCCUUCUUUUUCUUUGGGUCUGCUUUGUUGGGAGUUAGUUAUGGGAUUGUGUCCUCUAGUUGGGACCCUUUGAGGGAAGGGUCCUUUUGGGGUUGGAAUGAGGCCCAAAAGAAUUGGCCCGUUUUUUGGCAGUCCCUUAGAGGGGAUGGAUCACGGAAGAAUUAGCCCUUUUUUGCCACUGAUAUCCACUUCCUUUUUCUUAAAAAAGUUAGACUAUAAAGUACUUGAAAGUAUAGCUUUUUUCUCUUAAAUUAGUUUGUGUCUAGAGAAAUAUAUAUUGUCUCUAAUGCUAAUAAAUGUGUAACUUUUUUUUUGGAAAAAAAAUGGUAUUGUGUAAGUUUCCAACCUCAUUCGCGUAGGAGUUGGACUUUAUUGUGUGUUAUGUACUAGGCUUGAUUGUUGGAUCGAUUAUUCAAAGUUGAUCCAAGAAGGCCAUUAAUAUUUCAACCUUCACUGAUAUGGAAGAUAGGGGCGAUCAUUAGCCCAGAAAGUUAUGUGAUUGU